AUGGAUGCCUGGAAAGCAUACCGCAGUAAGAACAGAGUUAUCUUCUCCAAGGAAGUGUCUGUGAGAAGAGCCAAGUUUGUUGUCCAGUCUGUGGAGAACUGGUGUGCUAGGAGCUUCGAGGGAUUUGAUGUACUGCUCGCAUUGCUUCUAAUCACAUCUUACCAUUUGCAACAUAGAGAUAGUCGGGUUAUUCUAUCCAUUAAAGAUUUUUUAUCUGAUUCUGACUUUAGAAAUGUUGAUCAUUCUCAGGCAUUUCAAGCAGCAUGGAGAGCGUUAUGUGGAGGCAGAGGGAGAGGUCAGGGACCCUCUUUAGUAAUACAUGCUAGGGAAGCAUAUACCAUACAACCACAACGGUUUGAAGGUCCUUGCGCAUCUCCUCAUAUUCAUAUUCAGAUUGAUGGAACGAUUGAAGCGCCGAAAAUGGUAAAAGACUGGGGAAGCAAAAAAAGUGAGUGUUGGUUAUGUUUCGAAAGGGUGACAGGUCUCAUUCUCAAUGGAUCUGGUGUUCUCAAUUCCAAUGGAGAAAGCUGGUGGUCUUCUGUUGGCUCAUCCUCCCGACCAGAGGCAGUGAGAUUUCAUGGGUGUCAAAACAUUUUAUAUAAUGGAUUAACUCAAAUCAAUAGUCCAAGGAAUCACAUAUCAGUUGUUGGUUGCACCAACGCAACUUUAUUAAAUCUUCAUUUGAUCUCACCCUCAAGCAGUCCAAAUACUAAUGGCAUUGAUAUCUCUGUUUCACAUAAUAUCCAAAUUCGCAGUUCAUCAAUCAAAACCGGUGAUGAUUGCAUUUCAAUUCUAGGUGGUUCUUAUGAUAUCAACAUAACUUAUGUGACAUGCGGUCCUGGUCAUGGCAUAAGUAUCGGAAGUCUAGGGAAAGGGGGGGCAAAUGAUAUAGUACAAAAAGUGAAUGUCAGACAUUGCACCUUCACUCGAACUCAAAAUGGCGCAAGAAUCAAGACUUGGCCUGGAGGACGUGGGUUUGUCAAAAACAUUUGGUACGAAGAUAUUACUCUGAUAAAUGUUAGAUCCCCCAUCAUCAUCGAUCAAAAUUAUUGUAACGGUGCUCGUCGGUGUCCACAACCAACACGGGCAUCUGCUUUGAAAGUGAGUGGCGUGACAUAUAGAUACUUUAAAGGGACAAGUUUUCCCGAUGUUCCUGCAGUAAAAUUAGAUUGUGACCAAAGAACAGUUUGUGAUAACAUCGUCAUGGAGCACAUCAAUAUCACUUCCUCAUCUCAGAGAAGACCUCUCGCCUCGUACUGCAGAUUUGCGCAUGUAAUUAGACGCUUUGUUUCCAUUGGCAUCAAUUGUGGUUUUCAUGUCAAUCCCAAAACUCCAUCAAUUGCACCGUAUUUUGAACCUCCCGCACUCACCGCUCAACCUCCAUCACCCACACCGUAUGCUAUACCCUCGACACCAACUGCUCAACCUCCAGCACCAAUUGCUAUAUCCCCGACACAACAUGCUGAACCUCCAGCAUUGCAUACUCUAUCUUCAACACCAUAUGCUGAACAUUUUUUCAACUGUUCAUUAUUCACUAUUCUCUCCUUUUAUAUACUUAUUCUAAUUAAAGCCUUCUUGUUAAGUUGA